AUGGCGGCAACGGUUGCGCGGCAGCCGGCGGCGGCGAGCAUGAUGGCGCGGGUGGACCGGCUGGACCUGCUGCUGGGAUACCUGGAGGACAUGCACCGCAACGGCAACGGCAACGCGCUAGUCCUCCUAGUGCUACCACCGCAUCGUCGCCCUCCACCUGCCACCGGCGGCCAUCGCGGGCUCGUCAUCAUCAGUAGUGACGACGACGACUCCGCCGCCGCCAGCACGCCGCGGGGGAGCAAGACCUGGCUCCGCCCGCGGCCGGCCAAGAAAGUGCUGGAGGAGGCGCAGGCCAAGGGAAGCCUCAUCGACCGCAUAGCCUUCCUCGAACACCGUGUGCUCAAGAUGGAGGAGGACAUGGAGAUCACACCAGCAGACGAGGACAAGGCUAGCCACCAGGCGAGAGCGAUGGUCGGCGGCUAUGGCCACGACACCAGGAAGGAGAAGGUGCACGAUCCAAGCAGCAGGAAGAAGAAGAAGGGGCUCAAGAGCUUGGUCAAGUCCUGCGUCAGAGGCAACCUCAAGACCAAGGACUAG